AAUAGCUAGGGUUUAAAUUUAUAAGCUGAUAAAACCCAGCUCUUGUAGCGCCGUCGUCCGUCUUUGAGAAAAUCUAAACCCUAAGGACCUCCGUCACCGGCGACAAUGGGUAUCUCUCGUGAUUCUAUGCACAAGAGACGUGCCACUGGAGGAAAGAAGAAGGCUUGGAGGAAGAAGAGAAAGUAUGAGCUUGGCAGACAGCCAGCAAACACAAAGCUGGUGCCAAAUGCUAAGACUGUUAGAAGGAUAAGAGUCCGCGGAGGUAAUGUGAAGUGGCGUGCUUUGAGAUUGGAUACUGGGAAUUUCUCUUGGGGUAGCGAGGCUGUUACAAGGAAGACUCGUCUGUUGGAUGUGGUAUAUAACGCCUCUAACAAUGAGUUGGUUAGGACACAAACCCUGGUGAAGAGUGCAAUUAUUCAGGUUGACGCAGCUCCAUUUAAACAGUGGUAUCUCCAGCACUAUGGAGUUGAGAUUGGUCGCAAAAAGAAGACUGCUGCUUCCAAGAAGGAAGGAGAGGAGGCUGAGGCUGUAGCAGAGGAGAAGAAGAGUAACCAUGUCCAAAGAAAGCUGGAAAAGAGGCAACAGGAUCGCAAGAUUGACCCACAUGUUGAGGAGCAAUUUGCUAGUGGGCGUCUAUUGGCUGCAAUCUCAUCACGACCUGGCCAGUGUGGUCGUGCUGAUGGUUACAUCUUGGAAGGAAAGGAACUUGAGUUUUACAUGAAGAAACUUCAGAAGAAGAAAGGGAAGGCUGCCGGUGCUGCUGCUUAGAGCUGCAGGCUCCAAUUUUUAAAUUAUCAGAACCAAUUAGAUUUUGGUUUUUCUUCCCUAUUCAACAACAGUCUCACUUCAUUGAAAGGGAAUGAUAAACUUCUUGUAUCAGAGUUAGAUUCAAGUUUGUUUUGCAUAUGGUUAACUGAGAAUUUUGAGAACAACCUACUUUAUGGAAAAAAAGAAUUUUGAGAACAGCCUUAAUUGCAUCAUUAACUGUUUUCUUAA